AUGACUCAUAAUGGGAAGUUGAUGCCAAAUCUGGACGAAAAGAGCACAAAGGUGCUAAAUUUGAAUGUUCUUCAGCGAAUCGAUCCGUUUGUCGAAGAAAUUCUCAUCACCGCCGCACAUGUAACCUUUUAUGAAUUCAACGUCGAGACCAGCCAAUGGAGUCGGAAGGAUGUUGAGGGCUCUCUGUUUGUGGUGAAAAGGAAUACCCAACCGAGGUUCCAGUUUAUAGUGAUGAAUCGUCGGAACACCAAUAAUUUGGUGGAGAAUCUCUUGGGGGAUUUUGAGUAUGAAGUGCAGGUUCCAUAUUUAUUAUACAGAAAUGCUUCCCAAGAGGUAAAUGGAAUAUGGUUCUACAAUACACAUGAAUGUGAAGAGGUUGCUAAUCUCUUUAGCAGGAUACUUAAUGCGUAUUCCAAGGUAUAUACAAAGUCAAAACUAUCUGCAACAAAAAGUGAGUUCGAAGAACUGGAAUCAUUUCCAACAAUGGCAGUAAUGGAUGAUCCUCUAGAGCCUUCACCUUCAACUACCUCCAAUGUCAAAUAUGUUGCUGAUGAUCCAUCCUUUGUGAACUUCUUCAGUACGGCGAUGAAUAUUGGGAACACGUCAAAUGCAUCAACUCCUGGACAAUCUUAUCAGUUGUCUGCACCAAUUGCAAGUUAUUCUCAUCCGCCAGCUUUAACAGCUGUCCAGACUCCAUCUCUCCUGUCAACAUCUACCUCUAUAAUGCCCAUUCUUGACGCACCUGAGCCCAUCAGUUGUAGUAAGCAUUCUACUGAUCUGGUAAAGCCAUCAUCAUUUUUCGGUCCACCUCCUUCCUCUUCUUCACUUGUGAGGCCUCCCAUCUCUUCAUCUAUACCUACUGCCCCUCCACUUAAUCCUCCUAGAAAUCUACGGCGACCGUAUGGUGCUCCUUUACUUCAACCAUUUCCACCACCGACCCCCCCACCUUCACUCACUCCAACUUCUGUUUCUAUGCCAAAUUAUGGACCUGUUGUAAACAGAGACAAAGUCCGUGAGGCACUCGUGAUACUCAUUCAGGACAACCAAUUUAUCGACAUGGUUUACCAAGCAAUGCAGAAUGCUCAUUCUUCAUAA